UGGUCGCUCUCCGUUUAGGUUACUCAAGAGUCACGAGAAGAAAGAGUAAUGAGAAGAAGCUCAGGUAUGAAGGCGAAACUUGAUUGAUUUGUACAAGUUCAGAAAUCUCCCUUUACUGCUUUUCAAGCACAUUUGACGUAAAAAUCAACGAGACGUGAAGAUCAACGUGUGCCAAUGCGCAAUCGCGGCGCAAGGUUGACGCUCAUGAAUGCAUCAAAGUUGUCCACAGAGUUCCAUCAAAGAUGGCGUCUCAGCGUCGGCAAAUGAUGCAAAGCCAUCAGAGCUGGACAGAUGACCUGCCCCUGUGUCAGAUGUGCGGGGUGGGCACGGCCCCCAACUGUACCUACGGACCCGACGGAAAGGACACCCAGAGCCACCCCAACGAGGACGGACACUUCAGGUUCAGAGGUGAGGAAGGCUGUUUCCUGUAUGGAGUGUUUAAUGGGUUUGAUGGGAGCAGAGUCUCCAGCUUCGUCUCUCAGUGUCUGACAGCAGAACUGCUUCUGGGACAGCUCAAGUCUACACACACUGACGCUGAUGUCCGCAGAAUUCUCUCACAGGCCUUCGACGUUGUAGAGAAGAGUUACUUUGAGACAAUCGGUGACGCUCUUGCAGAGAAGGCUACUAUUAUAUCUCAACUACCUGAGGGAGUAUCGUUCCACCAGCUCUCCCCCCAGAGUCAGAAGCUUUCUGAGCGGCUGAAGGACCUGGAACAGGAAGUGUCUGGUGGAGCUACCGCUGUUGUGGCUCUGAUACACAACAACAAGCUCUACAUCGCCAACGUGGGUACCAACCGGGCCCUGCUGUGUAAGUCGACCAGCGACGGUCAGAACCAGGUGAUCCAGAUUGGACGACCUCACACCACAGAGAACGAGGACGAGCUACAGAGACUGGCUGGGCUGGGUCUUGAUGUGUCUGGUCUUCGUCAGGCGACUCUGAUAGCUGGUCAGAGCAGCACCAGGAGGAUUGGAGACUACAGGGUUAAAUAUAACUACGCAGAUAUAGAUCUGUUGAGCGCCGCCAAGAACAAGCCGAUCAUAGCCGAGCCGGAGAUCCAGGCCAGCCAAUCGUUAGAGGGCGUGACGGGCUUCCUGUUGCUGAUGUCAGAGGGGCUCAUCAAAGCCCUGGAGUCCGCCCACGGACCUGAACAGGCCAAUCAGGAGAUGGUAGCGAUGGUAGCAGCAGAACUAGCCCAACAGGGAACCCUAGAGGCCGUGGCCCAGUCGGUGGUGGAGCGGGUCAAGCGGCUACACCACGAUGUCUACGCCAGCGGACGCCAGAGGGCGUCCCACUGCUCCCGCCACGAAGACAUGACGCUGCUGAUACGCACGCUCAACUACACGCUGGCCGACGGCGCGCUCACACCCACACAGGGUGGACGUAUCUACCCAGUGUCGGUGCCCUACUCCAACUGCCCCAGCAGCACCAGUAAGACCAGCGUCACCCUCUCCCUGGUCAUGCCCUCUCAGGGGGGUACCCUCACCAACGGGACCAACACAGCCUCCACUUUGGAGGAGGGCACACCCACACAGACACCUGGCCAGAGUCCCACCACCACGCUCCAUUCCACCAAUAACCAGACCACCCAGAGCUCCAGCUCCUCUUCAGGAGACGGAGGCAGCCUCUUCAGACAGCGUGGCAGCCAGGCAGUGCAGCCAGACGAGACCGGACGGGUCCCUCCCUAUGUUGACUUCACCCAGUUCUACCGGCUGUGGGGGUCGGACCACGGAGACUUCCUGGGGGCACAGGGGUCCUCAGCCGGGCUGGGGCCUCAGUGAUGGAGGGGGACAAGAUUUGGGGUGAAGAGAAUGAGAAGUGCUCUUGAAGGAGAGAGGUAUAGGAAUGUAUUGGAGGGGUUGUGUGAUGGAGUUUGGUGUUGUUUGAGAUUUAGACCAUCUGAUAUGGCAUUUCUAUUUUUUUACCUUGUCACGACUGUUCCUUUUACUACAGCCGAUAACGUGUUUAUUACACGCCUAAAGGUUAUGUUAUUGAUGGGUCGGGUGGACGACAGGUAUGCAGGAAGGAGGGCUGAUCGAGCAUCAGUUUUUGCUUUCGAUAACAAUGAAUAAGAUUAUAUGGACAGGGGUGACCUGAUCCUAGGCCACUGCUCUGACUCUGAGAUGCUUGAUACGGCCCCAGAUCUACCUGAAUGGACUGAAUUCACUCCCAACACACAGUCAGUGAGUGUAUGUUGGCUGGCGUUUGUAACUCCUGUCACCUGCUCUCUGUCAGUCUGUCUAAACAAGGGAGGGAGGUGGGAAGGGGGAUGAAUGAAUGAUGUGGGGUUUUCAGUGUCUGUGAACAAGAGAGGGAGAUGGGAAGGAGGAGAGGGGGGUGAAUGAAUGAUGUGGGGUUAUCAGUCUGUCUGUAAACAAGGGAGGGAGGAGAGGGGGGUGAAUGAAUGAUGUGGGGUUAUCAGUCUGUCUGUAAACAAGGGAGGGAGGAGAGGGGGAUGAAUGAAUGAUGUGGGGUUAUCAGUCUGUCUGUAAACACGGGAGGGAGGAGAGAGGGGUGAAUGAAUGAUGUGGGGUUAUCAGUCUGUCUGAACAAGGGAGGGAGGAGAGGGGUGAAUGAAUGAUGUGGGGUUAUCAGUCUGUCUGUGAACAAGGGAGGGAGGAGAGGGGGAUGAAUGAAUGAUGUGGGGUUAUCAGUCUGUCUGUGAACAAGGGAGGGAGGAGAGGGGGAUGAAUGAAUGAUGUGGGGUUAUCAGUCUGUCUGUAAACAAGGGAGGGAGGAGAGGGGGGUGAAUGAAUGAUGUGGGGUUAUCAGUCUGUCUGUAAACAAGGGAGGGAGGAGAGAGGGGUGAAUGAAUGAUGUGGGGUUAUCAGUGCGGGUGACACAUCACAUAAUGAGCUGACAAGUGAAGGGACUCAUCUCAGCUGUCUCUUGUUACUGUAGCUCUCCGUUGAUCUCUCUUUCUCUCUUUCCACCCCACUCCCUCCUACUCUCUACCUGCCUCUUCACUCUCUCUUUUUCUCUUUCCACCCCACUCCCUCCUACUCUCUACCUGCCUCUUCACUCUCUCUUUCCACCCCACUCCCUCCUACUCUCUACCUGCCUCUUCACUCUCUCUUUCUCUCUUUCCACCCCACUCCCUCCUACUCUCCACCUGCCUCUUCACUCUCUCUUUCCACCCCACUCCCUCCUACUCUCCACCUGCCUCUUCACUCUCUCUUUCUCUCUUUCCACCCCACUCCCUCCUACUCUCCACCUGCCUCUUCACUCUCUCUUUCUCUCUUUCCACCCCACUCCCUCCUACUCUCCACCUGCCUCUUCACUCUCUCUUUCCACCCCACUCCCUCCUACUCUCCACCUGCCUCUUCACUCUCUUUCCACCCUACUCUCCACCUGCCUCUUCACUCUCUCUUUCUCUCUUUCCACCCCACUCCCCCCUACUCUCCACCUGCCUCUUCACUCUCUCUUUCUCUCUUUCCACCCCACUCCCUCCUACUCUCCACCUGCCUCUUCACUCUCUCUUUCUCUCUUUCCACCCCACUCCCUCCUACUCUCUACCUGCCUCUUCACUCUCUCUUUCUCUCUUUCCACCACACUCCCUCCUACUCUCCACCUGCCUUUUCACUCUCUCUUUCUCUCUUUCCACCCCACUCCCUCCUACUCUCCACCUGCCUCUUCACUCUCUCUUUCGCUCCUCUUUAUCUAUAUUUGGUCUGAAGUGGGGUUGGUUGGAGGAGAGAUGGGCAGUUGAAGUGAUUACAUUUUUUUGAUAGUUAUGAAAUCAUGUAUAUCUAACGUAUGUUUAUUUUAUGUAUCGUUAUAUAUAUUUUAUGUACAGUUGAAGUCAGAUGUUUACAUACACUUAGGUUGGAGUCAUUAAAACUAGUUUUUUAACCACUCAACAUAUUUCUUGUUAACAAAUUAUAGUUUUGGCAAGUUGGUUAGGACAUCUACUUUGUUCAUGACACAAGUAAUUUUUCCAACAAUCGUUUACAGACAGAUUAUUUCACUUAUAAUUCACUGUAUCACAAUUCCAGUGGGUCAGAAGUUUACAUACACUAGUUGACUGUGCCUUUAAACAGCUUGGAAAAUUCCAGAAAAAGAUGUUAUAGCUUUAGAAGCUUCUGAUAGGCUAAUUGACAUCAUUUGAGUCAAUAGGAGGUGUACCUGUGGAUGUAUUUCAAGGCCUACCUUCAAACUCAGUGCCUCUUUGCUUGACAUCAUGGCAAAAUCAAAGGAAAUCAGCCAAGCCCUCAACAUAUUUUUUAUGUAAACCGCCACAAGUCUGGUUCAUCCUUGGGAGCAAUUUACAAACACCUGAAGGUACCACGUUCAUCUGUACAAACAAUAGUACGCAAGUAUUAACACCAUGGGACCACGCAGCCGUCAUACCGCUCAGGAAGGAGACGUGUUCUGUCUCAGAGAGAUGAACGUACUUUGGUGCAAAAAGUGCAAAUCAAUCCCAGAACAACAGCAAAGGACCUUGUAAAGAUGCUGGAAGGAACGGGUACAAAAGUAUCUAUAUCCACAGUAAAACGAGUCCUAUAUCGAAAUAACAUGAAAGGCUGCUCAGCAAGGAAGAAGCCACUGCUCCAAAACCGCUAUAAAAAAGCCAGACUACGGUUUGCAACUGCAGGUGGAGACAAAGAUCGUGCUUUUUGGAGAAAUAUUCUCUGGUCUGAUGAAACAAAAAUAGAACUGUUUGGCCAUAAUGACCAUCGUUAUGUUUGGGGGGGGAAAUGGGAUGCUUGCAAGCCGAAGAUCACCAUCCCAACUGUGAAGCACGGGGGUGGCAACAUCUUGUUGUGGGGGUGCUUUACUGCAGGAGGGACUGGUGCACUUCACAAAAUAGAUGCCAUCAUGAGGAAGGAAAAUGAUGUGGAUAUAUUGAAGCAACAUCUAAACACAUCAGUCAGGAAGUUAAAGCUUGGUCGCAAAUGGGUCUUCCAAAUGGACAAUGACCCCAAGCAUACUUCCAAAGUUAUGGCAAAAUGGCUUAAGGACAACAAAGUCAAGGUAUUGGAGUGGCCAUCACAAAGCCCUGAUCUCAAUCCCAUAGAAAAUUUGUGGGCAGAACUGAAAAAGCGUGUGCGAGCAAGGAGGCCUACAAACCUGACUCAGUUACACCAGCUCAGUCAGGAGGAAUGGGCCAAAAUUCACCCAAAUUAUCGUGGAAGAAUACCUGAAACGUUUGACCAAAGAUAAACAAUUUAAAGGCAAUGCUACCAAAUACUAAUUGAGUGUAUGUAAACUUCUGACCCACUGGGAAUGUGAUGAAAUAAAUAAAAGCUGAAAUAAAUCAUUCUCUCUAUUAUUAUUCUGACAUUUAACAUUCUUAAAAUAAAGUGGUGAUCCUAACUGACCUAAGACAGGGAAUUUUUACUUGGAUUAAAUUCAGGAAUUGUGAAAAACUGAGUUUAAAUGUAUUUGGCUAUGGUGUAUGUAAACUUCAAGACUUCAACUGUAUAUGUCAAGGUUAGGGUCAAUACCAUUUCAAUUUCAGAAAGUGAACAGCAUUGAAGAGAAUUGGAAUGUCAGUGUAGUUAAUCGACGUGGACGUUGAUUAAGGCAGCACCCUGCACUUCUGAUUCUGAGGGGUUUGAUUAAAUAAAUACAGAAGACACAUUUCAGUUGAAUGCAUUGUGUUGUACAACUGACUAGGUAUCUCGUUUCCCUUCCUGAAUUGAAAGGGAAUUGACCCUGAAGCUUUAUAUAUGUUUUUGAAUGCGUUUUACAUUUGCUAUGUAUGUUUUAUCUCCUUGGAGAUAGGCUGCAUUGAGAAAUUAAAUGAAUGAAAUGUG